AUGUCCUAAUUAAAAAACACAAGACCUCCAGUAAAAUAAACAAGAAAAGCUCGAUCUGAAUUAACUGAAGAACAAAAGCAAGAAAUAAAAGAAGCUUUUGACUUAUUUGAUACAGACGGAACAGGAUAUAUAGACGCAAAAGAAUUAAAAGUAGCAAUGAGAGCACUUGGUUUCGAACCAAAAAAAGAUGAAAUUAAAAAAAUGAUUGCAGAUGUAGACAGAGAAGGACGUGGAGUAAUUGAAUUUUAAGACUUUUUAGAUCUUAUGACUGUUAAAAUGGCUGACAGAGAUCCAAGAGAAGAAAUAUUAAAAGCAUUCAGAUUAUUCGAUGAUGAUUAAACAGGAAGAAUAUCACUUAAAAAUUUAAAAAGAGUAGCAAGAGAACUCGGAGAAGCAAUGACUGAAGAAGAAUUAUAAGAAAUGAUUGAUGAAGCCGAUAGAGAUGGAGAUGGUGAAAUAAGUGAAGAAGAAUUUAUAAGAAUUAUGAAAAAAACUAAUUUAUUUUGA